GAGAGCUCCCAACUCCAGACCUGCUCUAUCCACUGUGCUACCUAGUUGCCCUAGCAUAGUUUUCAGGCAGAAUUCCCUAGGGAAUAAAACCUCCCCAGUUUUGUACUUAGGAAGUAGACAACAACAACAAACGCAAGUGUAAGACUGCAAUUAUCUCUAUUGAAUUUCAUUUAUUAGCUUCGGCCCAAUGUUUGAGCCUGUCUUUAGGAGCCUGAGUGCCAUCCAGCUACUCUUCCUAGCUUUGGCUGCCCUUGCAUGGAUGGAAUGCUAAGUAUUCAGUGGAUACAAAUCUGUCUUCUCCAUCCUCCUUCCAGCCCUACUUUGACAGCCGCAUCAUCCUUUUCUAGUCAAAAUGCCAACUUGGACCUAAGCAUCUAGGUCCCGUUGCUUUAAUUAAUAAAAAAAAAAAAAAAUGCAGAGGGCCACGACCCCUCGCGGACCUUCUGGCGCAGCAAACGGAAGCGGCAAAGAAAUUGAUCCAGAACGCGAAGGAGAAUUUGGCCAGAUUUGAGCCUUUGUAGCCUCCGUAACGCCCGCCAGGCGGAAGUGGAGCGGCGCCCCUGGCCGGAAGUGGUUGAGCCGCUCCGCCUGAGGUCUGAUUGCUGCCACCGCCCGCCCGCGCGCCCGGGGAACUGAUGUGACCCUUUCGGCCCGCCUGGCCCAGGCUACUUCUGAUGCUUGGAUGCUGCCCUUUCAUCUGCAAAGAUGGUAAUAAACCUUUGCCUACCACAGUUCAGACCAAGAAUUCACUGCAACAAGAUCUCAGCAGAUGGCUAUGAAGUAGAAAAUCUCAUCUCUGAAGACCUCGUGAAGAGAAGCCGUGGCUUCCGCACUGAGUAUUUCAUUAAACCACCAGUCCACGUGACUGUGUCCUUUCCCUUUAAUGUGGAAAUCGGCAAGAUUAAUGUGGACCUCACAGCAGGGGGAGUCCAAAAUAUCACUGGCCUGGAAAUGUACACGUCUGCCUCAUCAGGUAAAGCCUCUUGGAACAGCCUGGAGUUUCAGCCCUCACUCUUGGAGCAGGCCACCACUGACAAAGAGGCUUUCACCUUGGUAGGGAGAGUCUUAUUAAAAAACCAGAGUCGAGUGACGUUCAGCCACAGGGGCUUCAAGGCCAGGCCACCUUUCCAUCAGUUGGAAGCUACCCUCUCCUCUCCUGGAACUGUAACUCAGGAGCUCUGGAGUAAAGGCCCCUCCUCUCUUAGUCAUGUAUCCCACUUAAAGAUCUGUAUCACCCAUGUCGCUGGCAGUGGGGUCACUUGCAUUAAGAAGGUGGAAGUGUGGGGCCAACCAGCCAAAACCUGCCCCCAGGAGGUCAUAGAGAGCAUCAUGCUGGUAGCCUCUCAGAGCCUUCCUCGAGGCUUUAAUCCUACGGCCUCUGUCCCUACCCCGGCAUUGCCAAUGGAGAGUGACUGUGAGCCCUGUGGCCAUGCCCAGAGCCAGCAGCCACCAGGGCUUCAGGAACUGGCAGAUGUGAUCCAGGAUGUGCCUGAGGAAUUCCUGGAUCCAAUCACUCUGGAGAUCAUGCCCUUCCCCAUGCUGCUUCCCUCUGGCAAGGUCAUUGACCAGAGCACCUUGGAGAAAUGUAACCGGAGUGAAGCGGCUUGGGGCCGAGUCCCCAGUGACCCCUUUACAGGGGUGGCCUUCAGCCAACACUCCCAGCCACUGCCCCAUGCUUCUCUGAAGGCCAGGAUAGACUAUUUCCUGUUACAGCACACUGCUCCUGGCUGCAACCUUCUUGGAAGAGCCCAGAUUCCUGGGGUGGCAGUUCCCUCUUCCAUUGCCGUGACUUCUCGCAAGAGAAAGGGGGAUUUCAUGGAGCAGUCGCCAAAUGACAGCCCUCCUGUUGAGCCUUCCUGUUUUUCUACCACAGACUCACCAGUCACAUCUUCUACCUCGGAGCACAACACUAAGAAAAUGAAACUCGAUGUGGAGCCAGGCCUGACACAUAUGGAUUGCUCAUCAGGUGCCAUCUCCCAUGAGCAGAGAUUGUCAGAAAGCUUGGAUGUUGCCUUGACUUCGGCCCUCAGCACUUUGCCGUCCUUUACAGGCCGCCUGAUGAAGGCUCAGCCUCAACUCCUCAGUGCAGGGAGCCCCAGCAGCAGCUCCUGGAGUUCAAGCAGUGGGUCUGAACAGACCUGGAGCAGCCUUGGUCCCGGAUGCACCUCUUGUAGCAGAACGUUUUCUCCUUACUUCAAAACUGAGCCUGUUUAUCAGCUUCCCUGUGGCCACCUGAUAUGCCGCUCCUGCUUAGCUGAGAGGCAGAGGGCACUGUCCAUCCUUUGCGGGAGCUGCAAGAAGCCUGUUGCCAGCCAGGAUGUGCUGAGAGUCCACCUCUAAGGCUGUGCUCCGUGGAGUAAGGGGAGGAUCUGAGGAGAGCUGGGGGGAAAGAGCACAAGUGGAGUUCCCUCAGGGUGGCCUGGGCCAGAGCACUCUUGGUCAGUCUGCUAGGUGGGGUUGGGCUCUGUAGCCAGCCUUCUCUCUCCAAGGGCUUUGCUCAAACUGAGUAUAACAAGGGUCCAUCCCUCUGCACCCCACCUGAAGUGGUAAUAGGAUAACCAAGCCAUAUGUUUCCAGGGCAGGAGUUUGUGAACUGCUGGGGCCACCCUCCCACCCCCACCCAUCACUCCCUGGGCCAGGCACCCUGUGAGUCAAACCUUUAUCAGCUGUGGGCAUGCCUGGGCCAGACUCCCCCUCUGCCAUAGGUCUCUGUUCCGGGCAAGUCUUCCUUUGGGUUGACUGAGAAGCCAAGAGCAGCCUGACUCCUCUAACAGGCCCUUCCUUCCUCUUUCCCUCUCCCACCAGCCCCUUCCUCCAAAGGGACAAAAGCUGGCAUUCCCAGUGGCCUAGUUUGGCAGAAGUAAGUAAGCAUGUGGCCUCUGGAUGGUGGAGGAACCAUCUCUCCCAGGGAACAAAGUGGCAUUAAAUCAGGGGGAGGGUGGGCUGGUUUGGGAGGGGAGCUGGGAAUUCUUUGGUGAGAACAAACAGGUUCUUGUCUGUCUAUCUGAGAAACUUCAAGCCUUAAUAAAGGGAUGGUUUGGGC